UAAAAACCUCUCGGAAGAUAUCUAUCCAUUUACAUUAUGUUUAUGAUUCUAUAUAGGUUAUAGCCUACCAUUAGCCCACCACCAUUUCAUCCACUAUGUAUUUUUUUUCAUCUUUAUGGUUCAUUUAUCUCUUGAAUGAUUAUUUGUUUGUUUUAUACAUUGAUAUAUAUAAAAGAAGGUCGAAGAAAUUGUUGAAUUAAACAUUUUGAAUUAUGCAACAUUAACAUACAUUUUGCAGUAGAAGCCAUAGGCAUAUGCCACACAUAGCCACAGGAAGUAGGGGUGCUGAGGGUGCUGCAGCACCCCCUGAAAAUCAGAAUAAAAAAAUGUUAAUGAAAUAUCUAUAUAUUUUUGAAGAAAAUUAUUUUUCACAAAAGUAGUGCCCUGGGCCUUUAAUAGUACUGUAUUAGCCGUCCUACAUAGCGUCUGUGGCUCGGGCACAAAUAUUUUUUCAGCACACCCCCUUUAAAUUAAAUAAAACAUUUAAAAACGCAGCACUACUACCCCCCAAAGUACUUCCUGCGGCUAUCAUACCACGGACCCAGCACGUAAUCUGAGUCAGUAGAAUUGUGCACUUGGUUUAGUGGGUCGGGAGGAGACGUCCAUAGAGCGCCAUUACCAGCUCAGUGUAUGGGAUGCUUGCCAAAAGACUCCUGCUGAGAAGUCUGUCAAUCGAAUGGUUGUUUUUCAGGAUGCUUUGGAAUGACAACUAAACCGAUGUAUAUUUAAAGUGGGCCAAGUGCAUUGUUGUUACUGUAUACUGUAUUAGUAGGCUACAUGAUCUAGAUGUUUAUUGUAUGCUACAUUGUGGAAGGUAAAUGUUACAGAGACCAACUGUCAUUGUAAACCCCACUGACUGUCAUAUAGCAUGGCUACCUUUUGUUGAUUUCAAUUCAUUCAUUGAAUGCAUUUUGUUUAUUUGAGUUUUUCCCAUGGAGGCCAAAUGAAGGCGAAUGAGAGAAGAGCCCUGGCCUGCUACAGCAUAAUAUACUGGAUGGACUAGUAGCACUCAGUCCCAAGAGCAGUCCUUUAGGUGAUCAGGGGCGUCACUGUAGUAAAACAACUUUGUUUUCAUGCAGCCACCUAAAUGUAUAGAGUACUGUCAGACAAUCACACUUCCAUAUUUUAGCCUUGCCCUAUAGACUACUGUGUAUUUGUUUACUAUAUGAAUGUGAGCUUAUACUGUAAACCUUAAGGCAUUUUGAACUCAAAUACUCCUAGUAUGUUGAACUAAAAGUCAAUGAAAAGUAAUUAUUGCUUAAAAUAUUUAUGUGGUACUCUCUCAAAACUAAAUAAGUCACAUCAACUCUACAUUGUUAACCAUUUUUGUAAUUUCAUCAGUAACUUACUGUAUUCAGUGGCGGAUUUAGGUAUGGGCGACAUGGGCGACCAUCCAGUGCAGCAUCUUGCCGGUGGUGGCACUGGGCGCCCGCACAAAAACAUUUGGAAUGGUGACAUUUGCGCGAUCGUUUUUCUAUCGCUCAUUUGCACAUCACGUCAAUGAUAUCAUGUCACCGUGUGGGACUGGGGGUCAAUUAACCUUGUCUGAGUGGGCGCCCAUAUCUAGUUUUUGAGCUAUGCAGGCUACUGCUACUGCCUGGAAAGGUCUCCCACUCAGAAGUAGAAGAUGGGGAGGGGGGCGGGGGUAGGUUGACCUCAGGUCUCCCCAUUGGAAGCCCAAGGUAGGGUGAGCGGGGGAAUCUAUCAAAUAGCGCACUUCUAACUUUGUACAGUACUAAUGCAAUUAGUAAAAUUAGUCACACUACGAAAUGCUACCAAAUAAACCACAAUUCAUUCAUAAUACUGUGAAUACAGUAUAUAGAUUCACAGACCUAUUGUUAAAUUUUUUUCAGUGUUUUUCAAAAUCGUGAAGAAUAAUAUAAAACCAGUCUGCACACCACCAAGGUGAAUUGGUUUAGUCUUGACUCUUGGUUGACAGUGUUGGUGGAUGGGUAAUGCUCGAGUACCAAAUCAACACAAAUGGAUAACAAAAGGUCUAAGCCAUCAGUGCCCAGUUUAGGAAAAAGAGGAAAGAAGAAAAGGAGAAACGAGCAAAAGAUAAAGGUAUUGCAGCUAUGUCAUCUCUUUAUGAGUAUAAUAUUAUGCAUGUAAUGAAAUAGGCUAGUAUAACAAUUAUGUUUGUCAGACUAUGUUGCUAUGUUGCUUGCUAUGUUAUUACACAUAGGGCGACAAUAUUCAGUUUUCUGUCCAACUAGGUUACAUAACAUUGGAUAUCAUUUCACACAGUUUCAUCAUGAUAAUGUGUGUAGCCUGCAACAAAACGAUUACAACCUAACUAGCACAUUAUUGAUUUGGUUAACUUUCAUUGAGGUGACAUCAUAAAGGUUUUCUGUGAUUGAAUUGACUAGGUCCUGAACUCAGUAAGGGGAAUUUGCAAUGCUUUAGGCAAACUUAUAAGACGUCUAUAUUAUGCUGAGAUUUUGUAUAUUUUGUGAUACAUUGAGUCUUUUGGAAUGUAUUGUGCCUAGAAUUAGCCAAGGAGGUUGUAUGGUUAAUUUGAUUCCUAUUCUGAAAGUUUGAUAAAUUGUGCAUAAUGACAUGAAUAUUUAAUUGUGCAACAAAUGUAUUUAGGGUGUCAGACUCAUACUGUAUUUCAAUGCAAAUUCAAGGGCACUUCUGAAAUAUUUUGGAGCACCCUCUGGUACUGGCCAGGAUGAGGAGCCAUAUACAUUCUCAGCCACACAGGUGUCUUCACAAAUGUUGUCUGAGCCUGAGGAUGAGGAUGAAGACCCAUUUGCUUCCACUUCUCUCCAGCAGGAUUCUUCAGGCCUGUAGCAGCAUCCCCACCAAAUCCUGCUGCUGAGGAUGAACCACUGUUUACAGACCCUUCUGACUGGCCUUCAGUUCUGACUGACAGAAUUCGGACACAACUCGUUUGCAGAGGACCAAGUGAGGUACCACCUCACUUUGUUUUCCCAAGGAAUGAGAGUGAUGGAAAAAGUUGCCACCACCAAUAUUUCAGGAAGAUCUUGGUGGUGAAAUGAUCCCUAGAAGUUGGUUGGUGUAUUCUGAAAGAAACAACAGCCUUUCUGCUUCUUCUGCAAACUCUUUUCUAAGAAGAAAAUUAAUUUAGAAAACUCAGGACUGACAGACUGGAAACAUGCACGUUCUUUGCUGACUUCACACGACAGCAGUCCAGAACACCAGAACUGCAUGAAAACAUGGAAAGAACUGGCAAUGAGGAUCACAAAAGGGGAAACAAUUCAUAAGCAUGAGAUGGCACUUAUGGAGGCUGAGAGGAUAAGAUGGAGAGAGGUGUUGACACGUCUGACUGCUAUUGUGCAGUCUCUGGCAAUUAGAAAUCUGUCACAAAGGGGACACACAGAAACACUGUACUCUCCAUCAAAUGGACAUUUUCUCAAAGAGGUUGAACUGAUGGCACAAUUUGAUCCAGUCAUGAAAGAGCACCUUAACCGUGUCCAAAAAGGGACCUCGAGUCACACCAGCAGCUACCUUGGCCACCAAAUCAGAAUGAACUCAUUGAUUUGUUCAGCAGCAAGGUCCUUUCAAUAACGGUGAGUGACAUCAAGCUGGAAAAAUUAUUCUCUAUAAUUCUAGAUUGCACCUCAGAUGUCAGCCACACUCAACAGUUGUCAGUUGUGAUUAUAAUCGUGUCACUGAAGGAGGAGCCCCACAUAAAGGACAUUUUUAUUGGGUUUUUGGAUGCAGAAGAGUCCACGGCCAACAUUUGUCAAUCUGAUUCUCAAAAGAUUAGAGGAGCUAAACAUUCCUUUUGAGGACUGUAGAGGACAGUCUUACGAUAAUGGGGCCAACAUGAGAGGCACAAAUAAAGGUAUCCAAGCCAAACUCCUGGAAAUUAAUCCAAGAGCUCUAUUUGUGCCAUGUGGGGCUCACACAUUGAACCUGGUUGUGGCUGAUGCUGUUAAAAGUUCUGUCGAUGCCACAGGUUACUUUGGCAUCUUACACAAACUGUACACCUUGUUCUCAGCCUCCACACAGCCAUGGGCCAUCCAUGUGGACAUCACUUUGAAGAUAUGGACUGAGACAAGGUGGCAGAGUAAAGUUAAGAGUGUCGAGCCACUGAGGUAUAAGACAGCAGCGGUGAGAGAGGCACUGAUUGAGGUGAGGGAUCAAACCAAAGACCCUGUGAUAAAGAUUGAAGCCCAGUCCUUGUCAGAGAAGGUGGGAUCAUAUUGCUUCAGCAUCUGUACAGUGGUGUGGCAUGACAUCUUGAGACAGAUCCAACAUGUGAGCAAGCUAAUGCAGUCUCUCAGUAUGCAUGUGGAUGUUGCAGUCAGUCUUCUCAGAAAGACAGAGAGGUCUCAGCAGCUACAGGGCAACAGGCUUUAUGACUGCACAAACGUCAGCCAAGGAUAUUGUGAGGGUAUGAAUGUAGAGGCCGUUCUACAAGAAAAAGGGCUGAGGUCCACAAAGCGGCACUUUUCAUACGGAUCAUUUGAUGAGCCUUUGAGUGAUGUCCUGAAGAAGCUGGAGGUGACAUUUUUCAAUGUCAUUGUUGAUGUUGCAACCUCAGCUCUUCAGGAAAGAUUUUCCACAUUGGAAAAUGUGGGAGAGAAGUUUGGAGUGCUGUCAACCUUCCAAAGUCUCUCAAAUGAGGAGCUGACAGAACAAUGUGAGGCCCUCAGUGUAACACUGCACUAUAAAAAACACUCAGACUUGGAUGGCAGAGAGCUUGCACAGGAACUGAAGAACUUGCCUGACUUGCCAUCAAAGACCAUGACCCUACUUGAGCUGCUGAUAUUAAUACAUGAAAGGAAGCUCUCAGAAUUGUAUCCACAUUUGUAGACUGCUCUCAGAAUUGGUUUUACUCUUCCAGUGACCAUAGCUGAAGCAGAGAGCUUUUCAAAGCUGAAGAUCAUCAAAUCCUACCCGAGGUCCACCAUGUCACAGGAACGCCUUAGUGGCCUUGCUGUCAUCAGUAUUAACCAUGCAAUUGCUGGACAGAGUUCUUAUGAUGAUGUAAUUGAUGACUUUGCAUCAAGGAAUGCAAGAAAGGUCAGGGUUUAGAUGGCAGUUGUGCAAUUUAGUUUGUGUGUUUCUUGUUUGAAGUGCAAUAGUGUAAUAAUUAGGUUCUCUUCUUUGUAAGUGUGUUAUUCUAUUUGUGUAUUUGUGUGAUAUAGGAUUUGUGCAAUUUAGUUUUAUUUGUGUGUUUUUUGUUAGCAAUAGGGUAAUAGUGUAAUAAUUUGAUUAUCUUUUUUAUUUGUAUUUAUAUACUACAAUUUGUUUCUAUUUGUCUUUGUUAUUUUUUGAUAUUUAUGAAUCUUAUUUUUAUAUUUAUAUGGUUUUAAAUGUUAUGAUUAUUUAUUUGUGUUGUUCCAAAUGUCUGAAUUAAAAUUACAGUUA